AUGUGCUCUUCAGUUCCUGAAGGAGGUGGACUUGAUCACCACGCGAAGGCUGGAGUCUCUCGGCACCCCCAAGCAUACGGCACCGCCCCCACCCGACGAGGACGCCGGUGUUGGGUCUCGGGCCUGCUUCGAUCCAUUCUUCGGACGCGGACGGACUUUGCCGCGUUCCUUCUAUCUACUUUGCACUUGCCCAGGCUCUCCAAGCCUGCGCCGCCUUCUGGUUCGGUGUUCCCGAUCCCUUUGCCUUUUCCUGGGCUCUUCCAGAGCUUCCCUUUGCAGAGCGGGAGCCGCUUUCGCAAGCGCAUCAUGCACAGGCGUUUGCUGCACAUUGUGUGCAUGGCUUUGAACUUCCUGCACUCCAACUAUGUGCCAAUCCCUCUUUCUGCUCUGCAACGGCCCGCGAAUGCAGCACAGCGAAGACUUGUCGCGCAUGUGGGUCGGCAUUUGAAGGCGUUCGGUGCCUCGGUGGGUGAGUUUGUUCUCGCCGACUCUGGCCGCCGCAAUCCCCAAUUACUUGCACGUUUGUCGGAGUUAACGUCUUUUCUUUCAGCUCAGGCUGUUUCGGGAGAUGCUUAUGCUGAUUUAUCAGGCACUGUGAUCCCCACGCACAACGACGCCCAUCCGGGCCUUGAUCCCUUCCGUUCAUUGACUGUGCCGAGGCUUCGGCUUUCGGGGAAAGGGCACUGGGACCCAGGGCCUUUCCUGCAAGAUGAGCUCUACAUGGCUUACCUUGAGCCGCGUUCUUUGUUGCAUGGGCUUCCUCCUCCUGACUCCUUUCUUCCUGUGUGGACGCGUGAAGACCCAGCUCAGGUUGCGGCUCUGGCCGAGUUGUGGGACGAGAUGGGCUUGCUCCGUCUGGCUCCUUCUCGACUUCGCUCCUCGGAUGCUUACUUGCUCUCGAGGGCUUUCAACUGCUACAAAGCCCCGGACCGGGACAGGAUGAUCAUUGAUCGUCGAGGCCAAAACUUUGCCGAAUGCAGGCUCGCUGGCCCAAGUUUGUUCAUUCCUGUCGCGCCCAUGCUGUGUAUGCUGGAGGCAAACCCUAAGCGCCAAACCGUCUGCUGCGCCGCUACGGACAGGAAAGAUUUUUACCAUCAGAUUCGGGCUCACUCGUCCCGCGCCGUUGCAAACGCCCUUGGCCCGGCCCUUCCUAGAUCGGCCGUCUGUCAUCUUGGUGCCUUCUCCUCCUUGCUUCCACCCUGUCCUUUUGGCAGAUGGGCCCGAGCAGAUUGCUUCUCUGAGGAACCUCCUGGUGAUGAACUUGACCCGCUUCUUUUCGAUGCUGAUCAUUACUUGGUGUGCUUUGGCGCCAUCGCGCAAGGCGACCAGCUGGGGGUUGAAAUCGGCACCGCCGCCCACGGGCUGUUGCUUGAAUCCGGCGGUUUGCUUGAUCAGUCCUCGCGGCUUUGUGCAAAUCGACCCUUCAAAGGUUGCGAUGAGGCCCAGGGUUUGGUCAUCGAUGAUUACUUUUCGGUUAGUGUUCAUGAUGUCCAUUCCCCCGCUGCCCCCGCAUGCCUGGGUCAUCUUGCCGCUGCCAAGGCCUUGUAUGCCUCUGAAGGUUUGGCCGGUUCCGAUGAUAAGGAUAUUUUGGGGCUUACUUGUGCCAAAAUUGCUGGAGGCGAGCUGAAUUCUUCUGCCAGUGCUCGAGCCCAGGACCUGAUUACCAUUGCUGCUCCAGCUUCAAAGAGGAUUGCUCUUUCGAUUGUUUCGCUCGAGGCUGCGAGGUUUCAGCAUAUCACUGAUGUUCUCAUGUUGUCAGUGGUUGGCAGCUGGACUUCCGCUGCUUUGUUUCGGCGGCCCUUGAUGUCGGUCCUCUCUGAUGUGUUUGGCGUCGCCAGUGCGGGGACGGUUUGUGCCUCCAAGCCAAAGCUUUGCCGGCUCUCGAGAUCAGCGGCUCAGGAGCUUGUGGUUAUGAGUGUGCUCUCACCUCUUGCGGCUUCUGAGAUUUCGGCUCCUCUCAGUCCGAUGAUUUUCGCGACUGAUGCUUCUGAGCACAAGGGCGGUUAUGUUGUGACCGAGGUUGGUGCCGAUGUGUCGCGGCCUCUUUGGCGCACUGCUUCUAAGAAAGGGGGCUACAGCCGGCUUUGGUCGAAAGAGGAAUCUAUCCUUGCUAGGUUCCACGACCGGGAGACUUUUGACCUUCGCCUUCUUCGUGACGACUUUGCCCCUGCGCCUUCGCGGCCUUUAGCCUAUUACUUUGACUUUGUUGAGAUAGGCUGUUCGGCUGGUCAGGUUUCCGGUCUCUUGGCGCAUCGUGGAUUUCGGGUUGGUCCUCGAAUUUCCGUCAAGGAGAGUGCCGCUUAUGACGUCAUGCAGCUUCGGACUUUUGAGUGGCUUCUUCACUUGCUUCAGCAGAGGAAGCUUAAGGGCUUUUUGUGCUGGCCUCCUGUUGCCACUUUUCGCGUCGGCUCCUGGCCCUCUUGGCGGACUGUUGCUGCCCCCAAAGGUCGCUGGCCAGCCCAACCGAGGACUCAAGCUGCAAACGCGCUGGCUUUGCGUUUCUUGUCGCUGCUUUUCGUAGCGGUCGAGUGCGGCGCUUUUGGGGCUUUGAUCCAUCCGGCUUACUCUCCUUUCCGGUGGUUCCCUGAAUGGAAGAGGCUCCUGAAUUUCGGAGCCCGGGAGUUUGAGGUCUGCUCUUGCUUUGCUGAGGGCGUUUGCUGCAAGGGGUUUGUCCUUCUUGCUUUUGGCAUUGAUUUUCAGUCUUUGGUCGGCCCUUGUGCAGCUUCUCGGACUGCUUCACAGCGCGGCGGUUCGAGUGGGGCCAUACCACAUCUUCUUUCAAGUUCGUUUUCCGACUCUCUGUGCCACGAGUUUGCCUCUGCGCUUCGUCGGGUGUCCCACGUCACAAGCUCUACGAGCCUCUCUGUUGAAGGACUUGAGAGCUAUGUGCUCAAUGAUAUCGUGACGUCUCAUGUCUGGCGUGAUGGCGAUGCUUGGUAUUGGCGGGCCACAGCCCAUAUCAACAUCCUUGAAUCUGCCUCCGUCCUGCGCUUGCUCAAGCGGCUUGCUUCCCAUGGCCCCUUGAGGAUCGUUGUGUUGGUUGAUUCUUCCGUCGCUCUUCACGCGUGUGCUAAAGGCCGCAGCCCGUCUCGCGGGCUUAUGCCCAUCCUUCGCAAGAUUGCUGCCCUUUGUCUGGGCGCUGGGCUGUUCCCAGCAUAUCACUUCGUGCCCACUCGUCUUAAUCCUGGAGAUUGCCCUACUCGGGAUCUUCCCCUGCCGAGCCCUCUCGACUGCUCCUUCUGGACUUCUCUUUCCCGUGACCAGCUCUACGAAGGGCUUUCGCAGCCGAAGCUGAAGCGUUGGGCUUCGAACUGGGCUAGACUUGCUUGUCUGGUUCUUCAGGUUCCGCCUUCUUUCAGCCCUGAUUUGGGUUGGCGAACCUUCUCUCGGUCCUCGCGGAUCUUCGACUCAACCUUGGGCUUUCCUGGGGAGGGGCCUUUCUUCAGGGUUUUCUUUUGCUGGUUUUGGGUUUCUGCCGUAGCUGCUCCCAGCCAUGGCCUGCGCCCUCGCAACCCAGCUGACGAGAAGCGCUCUCGCGCAAGAGCAGCUACAGUCCUCUGUGAAGGCCGGCCCGUUGAGCCUGUAACUCAGCGAAGGCGUGACAAGUUACUGGAAGCUUUUAAGGACUGGCUUUGGGCCCAGGAGGUUGUGUUGUCCGAUCUUUUCGACCUGCAGCCUCAAACUACCCGCCGACUGAACAACUUUCUGGUACGCUAUGGUCGCGAGCUUUUCGAGGCCGGAUGGCCUUAUUCUCACUAUUCUGAAGUUAUCAAUGCUAUUUCUGGUAAGGAGCCUGCUUUGAGACGAAGUUUGCAACCGGCGUGGGACCUUGCUUUUGCUUGGCUUCGAGAGGAACCCCACUCCCACCACGUUGCUCUUCCUUGGCAACUUCUCAUUGCUUUGAUAACGACUGCGAUGAUGUGGGGCUGGCCACGCGUCGCGGGUAUGCUGGCGCUGACUUGGGGAGCUCUGAUGAGGGUCGGCGAGACUCUCGCUGCUAGGCGUGAUGAUCUACUUCUGCCUUCUGAUGUUGGCGACACAAUGUCCUAUGGCUUGGUCUCCAUUCACGAACCAAAGACCAGGUUCAGGGCUGCGAGGCAUCAAUCGGCACGAAUAGAUCAGCCUGACCUUUUGUCUGUGGUGAAGCUGGCUUUCGAGCACCUUCCUGGACCCAGCAAGCUUUGGCCCUACAGUGCCUCUACUUUGCGGAGUCGUUUUGGCACUUUGGUUCGACGGCUUGGUGCCGAUAAGUGGGCGGGCCAAGGCUCGAAGUCUCUUGACCUUGGGUCUUUGCGCGCCGGCGGCGCGACGUGGCUACUACAGUCUUCAGAGGACUCUGAGCUGGUACGUCGCCGAGGACGCUGGUUGAACAGCCGGACAAUGGAGAUAUACAUCCAGGAGAUAUCGUCACUCCAGUUUCUGAACAAGCUGUCCGUGCCUUCGAGGCAGCUGAUUCUUUCGCUUCUGGACAGUUUCGCUGAAGUUCUGCAGGUGGCCCUGCAGCUCCAGCUUUUGCAUACACCGACUACGUGCUGGUAUGCUCGUUUUUCCGUUGGCUAG